AUGGCCCCUUCCACUUCCUUUUUUUACCGUGACCUCCUCUUCUUCUGUCUUCUUCUUCUCCUUCAAGCCCCACCAUGUCCCGCCGCAGGUGGAUCAUGGUCCGUCCUCCUCCCAAGCAUUGGCAUCUCCGCCAUGCACAUGCAGCUACUUCCCAACGACCGUGUUGUCAUGUAUGACCGCACGGAUUUUGGAAUCUCCAAUAUCUCUCUUCCAGAUGGCAAAUGCCGGCCCAACUCAACCGACUGCUCUGCUCACUCCGUCGAGUAUGAUAUUGCAUCGAAUUCCAUACGUCCACUUAUGGUGCUCACUAAUGUCUGGUGUUCCUCGGGAACUUUAAUGCCCGAUGGAAGAUUAGUCCAAACUGGUGGUUGGGAUGAUGGUUAUCGUGUUGUCCGCAUUUAUAAAUCAUGUGAUUCUUGUGAUUGGCAAGAGAUACCAAAGGGAUUGAAUCAACAAAGAUGGUAUGCCACCAAUCAUAUAUUGCCCGAUGGCAGGCAAAUUAUUAUUGGAGGUCGCAGAGCAUUUAACUAUGAGUUCUACCCAAAGAUGUCAACGACUGAGAACUCACCUAGUUUKCCGUUUCUUGUGCAAACCAAUGAUCCGAACGUUGAGAAUAAUUUAUACCCAUUUGUAUUUCUCAAUCCCGAUGGAAAUCUGUUCGUGUUUGCCAACAAUCGUGCUAUUUUAUUGGACUACUCCAAGAACCAAGUUCUCAAGACUUACCCAACAAUGCCCGAUGGUCAACCAAGAAAUUACCCAAGCACGGGCUCUGCAGUACUACUCCCUUUGCGGAUAAAAAACGGRACCGUAAAUGCUGUUGAAGUCUUGGUUUGCGGGGGUGCACCAAAAGGAGCCUUUGUUAAYGCAAAUAAUGGGAWAUUUGACGGAGCCUUGGAUACUUGCGGCCGCAUCAAAAUAUCRGAYCCUAACCCUCAAUGGGUCAUGGAGACCAUGCCUAUGGCUCGAGUCAUGAGUGACAUGUUGUUGCUCCCCAAUGCCCAGAUUUUGAUCAUCAAUGGCGUAUCCGCUGGGGUUGCUGGGUGGGAACUUGGAAGGAACCCAGUUCUCAGCCCUGUAAUUUACCAUGCAGAUAACCAAGCAGGGUCACGAUUCGAGGUCCAAAACCCCAGCACGAUACCUAGAGUUUACCAUUCCACAGCGGUUUUACUACGAGAUGGACGUGUUCUUAUUGGUGGAAGUAACGCACAUGAUAAAUAUGAAUUCACAAACGUCCUUUACCCUACCGAAUUGAGUUUGGAGGCAUUUUCUCCAUCUUAUUUGGAUUCAAACUCAUCUGAUUUACGCCCAAGAAUAAUCUUGCCUGUAAGAAACUCUAAAAUCCGGUACGGUAACCAGUUGGUUAUUGUAUUUACCGUGUCUGGCAUUGUGGAUCCGAGCUCAGUAUUUGUGACAAUGGUGGCACCUUCGUUCAACACACACUCGUUUUCUAUGAAUCAAAGAUUACUAGUACUUGAUGGUGGUGUCGCUAACAAGAUUUUGGGAAAGUCAAGGUACCAGGUUGUUGUGACGACGCCACCUUCCGGUAACAUUGCUCCGGCAGGGAAUUAUCUUCUAUUUGUGGUUCACAAGGAGAUCCCAAGUCCAGGUGUUUGGGUUCAAAUGCAGUGAUAAAAUUUGAUAACAUAUUUGUCGUCAUCUUCAAUUGUACACUUAUUUCUUAAUUGGAUUUCCUUGUAAAAUGACAUAAAAAUUGAUAUGUAAAGAUUGUUUGAUGUGUUAUUUUGA